AUGGCGUCUGAGGAGCGUGCGGAGGCCGAUUUGCUCCUGCAGAUCUUCGAGCGCCGCUUCCUGGCCGCGCGCGCGCUGCGCUCCUUCCCCUGGCAGAGCCUAGAAGAGAAGUUAAGGGAUUCGUCAGAUGCUCAGCUGCUACUGGAUAUUUUGCAGAAGCACGAGUCCGUCCACGUGGAGCCCCUGGAUGAGUUAUAUGAGGCACUUGCAGAGGUCCUGACCACCGAGGAGUCCACCCAGGGCCACCGCAGCUAUUUGCUGCCUUCCGGAGAUGCAGUCACUCUCACCGAGAGCACAGCCAUCGUGUCCCACGGCACCACAGGCCUGGUGACUUGGAAUGCCGCCCUCUACCUUGCAGAGUGGGCCGUGGAGAACCCGGCAGCCUUUGCUGACAGGACCAUCCUGGAGCUCGGCAGUGGAGCCGGCCUCACGGGCCUGGCCGUUUGCAAAACAUGCCGUCCCAGAGCAUACAUCUUCAGUGACUGUCACAGCCGAGUCCUUGAGCAGCUCCAGGAGAAUGUCCUCCUAAAUGGCCUGUCCAUAGAGCCAGACAUCAUGGCGCCUCGGCAGGACCCGGGCUACGACACGCAACACUCAGAAAAGCCCACCGUGACGGUGGCCCAGCUGGACUGGGACCUUGUGACAGCCCCGCAGCUCUCUGCCUUCCAGCCCGACGUUAUCAUCGCAGCAGAUGUCCUAUACUGCCCAGGGACCAUCCUCUCCCUGACCAGGGUGUUACAGCUGCUCUCGGCCUGCCACGAGGGCUCGCGGGCUUUAGACGCUUAUAUUGCAUCCACCAUAAGGAACCCAGAGACGUUCCAGCUCUUCACAACCGGACUAGACCAGGCUGGGAUCCCCUGGGAAGCAAUGCCCCGUCAUGAUCAGAAACUGUUUCCCUACGACGAGCCCUCAGAGAUAGCAGUGCUGAAGCUAGCGCUGUAG